AUGAAAUAUAUUUUGUUGCUGGCGGCCGGCGUUCUACUGCUUGCAGGAUGGACGCAAGCCCAGGAGGAGGGUCUGGGCGUGGGCACCGUGGAGGAGGUGACGGUGGACGCUGACCACGGUUCGUCACGCGAGGGGUCCCGCACAGAUGCUGAAGCGGUGUUGCGGGAGGAGGAGGCCAUAUCUCCGGACGAACUGAGUGUGGCUCAAAUGCGGGAGCUCAAGGAGAAGGCCCAGAACUACACAUUCCAGACUGAGGUUAACCGUAUGAUGAAACUCAUCAUUAACUCUCUGUACAGAAAUAAGGAGAUUUUCCUUCGUGAAUUGAUCUCAAACGGGUCCGACGCUCUGGACAAAAUUCGCCUGAUGUCGCUGACGGACCGUAACGUUCUGGACGCCAACAACGACCUCAGCAUCCGUAUUAAAGCCGACCCGGAGAAACGCCUGCUACAUAUCAUCGAUUCCGGUAUCGGAAUGUCACGCAACGACCUCAUCAAUAAUCUCGGUACCAUCGCCAAAUCCGGCACCGCCGAGUUCCUCUCCAAGAUGCAAGAUUCCGAUAAGGGCGGAGCACAGGAGAUGAACGACAUGAUCGGCCAGUUCGGUGUGGGCUUCUACUCGGCGUUCCUCGUGGCCGACAAGGUGACGGUGGUGUCGAAGCACAACGACGACAAGCAGCAAAUAUGGGAGUCGGACGCCAACUCCUUCAGCAUCGUCGAGGACCCUCGCGGCGACUCGCUCAAGCGCGGCACGCAUAUCACAUUACACGUGAAAGAGGAAGCGGCUGACUACUUGCAGCCCGACACUAUCCGCAACCUGGUGAAGAAGUACUCUCAGUUCAUCAACUUCCCGAUCUACCUGUGGGCAUCGCACACGGAGACGGUGGAGGAGGCCGACGAGGCGGAGAGCGACGCGGACAAGGCCGACGACGACGACGAUGCCCAGGUGGAGGACGCCGCCGAGGAAAAGCGUGAGACCAAGAAGACGGAGAAGACCGUAUGGGAUUGGGAACUGAUGAACGACAACAAGCCCAUUUGGACCCGCAAGCCUUCCGAGGUGAACGACGACGAGUACAACCAGUUCUACAAGAGCCUCACUAAAGAUACUUCAGCGCCUCUCGCCAGGGCCCACUUCGUGGCGGAGGGCGAGGUGACGUUCCGCGCGCUGCUGUUCGUGCCGCGCGUGCAGCCCUCGGACUCGUUCAACCGCUACGGCACCAAGACCGACCACAUCAAGCUCUACGUGCGCCGCGUCUUCAUCACCGACGAGUUCAACGAGCUCAUGCCCAACUACCUCGCCUUCAUACAGGGUAUCGUGGAUAGUGACGACUUACCGCUGAACGUGUCCCGCGAGACGCUACAGCAGCACAAACUGAUCAAGAUCAUCAAGAAGAAGCUCGUCCGCAAAGUGCUCGAUAUGCUCAAGAAGAUUCCUGACGACGAGUACUUGGCCUUCUGGAAGGAGUACUCCACCAACAUCAAGCUGGGCGUGAUCGAGGACCCGUCGAACCGCUCGCGGCUGGCCAAGCUGCUGCGCUUCUACUCGUCGCACGGGUCCGACAUGACGUUCCUGGCCGACUACGUCGCGCGGAUGAAGGCGGGCCAGAACCACAUCUACUACAUCGCGGGCGCCUCGCAGGCCGAGGUGCGCAAGUCGCCCUUCGCCGAGCGCCUGGUCAAGCGCGGCUACGAGGUGCUCUACCUCACCGAGGCCGUGGACGAGUACUGCCUCUCCUCGCUGCCCGAGUACGACGGCAAGAAGUUCCAGAACAUCGCCAAGGAGAUCUUCGACCUCGAAGAGAACGAGCAAGAGCAGGAGCGCAUGGAGGCGUACAAGAAGCAGUUCGAGCCGCUGACGACGUGGCUCAGCAACAAGCUGGGCGACUUCAUCACGCGCUGCACCGUGUCGCGGCGCUUGUCGCGCUCGCCCGCCGCCCUCGCCGCCACCGCCUUCGGCUGGACCGGCAACAUGGAGCGCCUCGCACUCUCCAACGCGCACCAGAAGGCGGAUGACGCACAGCGCAAGCAUCACCUGACGCAGAAGAAGAUGAUGGAGAUUAACCCUCGCCACCCCCUCAUCGUGGAGCUACUGCGGCGCGUGCAGGACGACCCCGAGCACAAGGACACCGCGCUCGCCGCGAACACGCUCUACCGCACCGCCGCCAUCAGGUCGGGCUAUAUGCUGCAGGAGGGCCAGGCGAUGGAAUUCGCCGACUCGGUGGAACGCAUGCUGCAGGGCCUCCUGGGCGUGGCGCCGGACGCCGUGCCCGAGGACGAGCCGCUGGACGAGGCGGCCGAGGACGGCCAGGACGAGCCGCAGGAGCUCGACGCCGACGAGCACACCGAGUUGUAG